AUGGCUUGUAGCUAUCCGGAGGGACAAAUUCACAGUUACUCCCCAACCCGAGUAUGUAGCCGACAUUUUAACAAGGAGGAUGUUCGUGAGCCCUUAUCAGAGACGGGGAGGCGGCUAUUAAACAAGGGAGCUGUCCCAGCACUGUUUGAGUGGAACAAUUUCACCCUUCCCACUUCACGACCGGGGGUGUGGGAGAGGAGAGAGCGUCCGCCUCCGAUGACGGAGGAUGACGGCGACGCAGGCGAGAAAGCUGAUAUCCCUAUGGACCACGACUACGCUUCGGCUUCAGAUCCUGCAGUUGUUGAUUUAGCCCUUGAUGACAACAUGUCUCUCAGAGAUGAGAUUCUCAAGCUGAGGGAACACGUCGAGAAGCUGACAAUGAAUCAGCGCUUUGGAAUUCAUCGUUUUGCUGCCACAGACAAGGACAUACGUUUUUUCACAAGAUUUGCAUCCUAUGACCUGCUGAUGAGAUUCUGGGCCUUAAUAGAGCCAUCACUGCCAAAUAUGGUCAGUGUGACACAAGCACAGAGAGGCACCUUUACAGAGCCAAGUUCCACUGUAACUCGUUUCCUGCAGCCCAUUGAUGAGAUGUUCAUGUUUCUCAAUUACCGCUGGGUUCAAAACAGCGUGAUCUUGCUGACCGGUAUGGAGUCCACCAGUCCACAUCAUCCUGGACUGCACAGAGCUAAGGUGCCAGUGCCCUUCAUCACCUCUUCUCCAAAGUGA